AAGGUGCAGGUGAUGCUCAACAAUUACCAGCUCUGGGCCAAGUUCCACAAGCACCAGACCGAGAUGAUCAUCACCAAACAGGGCAGGCGCAUGUUCCCCUUCCUCAGCUUCAACCUGUCGGGGCUCAACCCCGUGGCUCACUACAGCGUCUGCGUGGACGUGGUGCUGGUGGACCAACACCACUGGCGCUACCAGGGUGGAAAAUGGGUGCAGUGCGGGAAAGCCGAGGGCAACAUGCCAGGGAACCGCCUGUACCUGCACCCCGACUCUCCCAACACGGGCGCGCACUGGAUGCGGCAGGAGGUUUCCUUCGGGAAGCUGAAGCUCACCAACAACAAGGGGGCCUCCAACAACGUCGGACAGAUGAUCGUGCUGCAGUCGCUGCACAAGUACCAGCCGCGGCUGCACGUCACGGAGGUGAAGGAGGGCGAGGGGGAGGACGGGUACCCCUGCCCGCACACCCACACCUUCGCCUUCCCCGAGACCCAGUUCAUCGCCGUCACCGCCUACCAGAACGCCGACAUCACCCAGCUGAAGAUCGACCACAACCCCUUCGCCAAAGGAUUCCGGGACAACUUUGACUCGAUGUACACGGCCUCGGAGAGUGAUCGCCUCACCCCAUCCCCGCCCGAGGCCGCCGGGUGCCAGCAGCUCCUGCCAGCCCCUCGCUUCCAAACCUUCCUGCCCGAGCAGUACCCGCUGCCCCCGGGCCGCUUUUUCGGGGGGGACCGGGGGGCUGCGCUGCCCCUGCCCCCCAAAGAUCCGCCCCACUGGUAUUUCCCCCCGCAGCAGCCGCCGGCCCCCGGAGCUCUGGAGUACGGGGGCUACGAUGGGGGCUACGGAGGGGGCAAAUUGAUGCCCUAUGGGGUGAAACCCUUCGCGCUGCCCCCAACCCCACACCCUCCCCUGCCCUAUUACCCCGAAGGGCCGGGGGGUUUCGGGGUGACUUCGGGGGGCUGGAGCCCCGGGCAGUACGGUCCUAAGGGGGGUGCAGCGGCUCUGGGCUGGUACCGGGAGCCCCGUGAGGAGAAAGGGAAGGAGGUGGAGGGUUGGGCUACCGAGCCCCCCGCUGUUGUGGCCUCGGGGGACUCGUCGGACUCGGGGCUUUACGAGUGCAAAAGGAGGAGAGUGUCCCCGUACCCCUCCAGCACCGAGAGCUCCCCCCCGCCCCGCAACGGCGACCUCUACGACAAGGACCCGGUCACCGACGGGGGCUACUAUGGCUACUAUGGCAACUGA